CUAAACCAAUCCACUAACUACAGCUGCUGAGCUGGUGAAUGACAGAUAACAACGACACAGUUCCUGCCUCCUUCAGCUGAUGGUCCUGGCUCCAGUAGCCAAAAUCCAAUGAUUGUGCGCCAGCUCACCUGUAGAGGCCUCAUAAACUCUCACCUUCAUGGCCACCUGAAAAGACUGCGGGGCUGCCAAGACAUGGCCAGACCAAGUUCAGACCUGGCAUCAUUCAGGGAGAUUUUCUCCAAGGCCAACCAUAUAGCCAUCAUCACUGGAUCAGGGGUGAGUGCAGAGAGUGGAGUCCCCACCUUCAGAGGAACUGGAGGCUACUGGAGAACAUGGCAAUCACAGAACCUUGCCACGGCAGAGGCCUUCUCCAGGAAUCCCUCCCUUGUUUGGGAGUUUUACCACUACCGCCGUGAGCUCAUGCUGACUAAAAAGCCCAACCCUGCCCACAAGGCCAUCGCAGAGUGUGAGGAGCGACUGAGCAAACAGGGACGUACAGUUACAGUCAUCACUCAAAAUAUCGACGAGCUCCACCGCCGUGCUGGAUCCAAAAACAUACUAGAAAUACAUGGAAGUCUAUUUAGAACGCGCUGUAUGAGCUGUGGCCAUGAAGCAGCCAAUUACAAGAGCCCCAUCUGUGUCGCUCUAGACGGCAAAGGAGCUCCAGACCCAGAAACAGUUGAUGCCCAGAUCCCUGUUGAUCAGCUGCCCAGGUGUGAGCAGAAGGGCUGUCACGGUCUCCUGAGACCAGCUGUGGUUUGGUUUGGAGAGACUCUGAACUCAAACAUCCUCAGCCAAGCAGAGCAAGUGUUGGACAGCUGUGACCUCUGCCUCGUGGUUGGCACUUCCUCCAUUGUGUAUCCAGCAGCCAUGUUUGCUCCUCAGGUGGCAGCCAGAGGUGUUCCUGUGGCUGAAUUCAACACGGAAGACACACCGGCCACCAUGCGCUUCAUGUUCCACUUCCAGGGCCCCUGUGGGAGCACUUUACCUCCUGCACUGGCACGCCACGAGACUGAGACAAAAUAAAGAUGAGUCCUGGACGUCAGCUGCACACAGACCAGACUGUCUAACAGUGGAGGACUUUAUUGGUACAAAUACCUAAAAUACUGGGUUGAAUACAAGGAGUACCCAACAUAAACAGGGUGAAGACUGGCUUCCUGAAAAUAAUGCCAACAAAAUGAAAGACAAAAAGGAAAGUUUCUUCAAGCUGUUAAACAGAUAAAAUGGCAUGCACACAACUUAAGGCAUUUAAUUUCAAGUUGAUAAAUUUUGUCUUUGUGGUGUCAAGCUUUAAUUAUGUAUUCUCUGAAUUAGGACAUGAUGACAGAUUCAACUAUUUAAUUUUUCUGUAAAUGAAAAAUUCAUUUCCAAUUUAGAAUUUUUAACAUUGUAGCAGAUGUUGCUAUGAUGCCAAAUCACACAACACUAGUGCCCUAUACUGACUGUUGCCAACACCAAAUUUAAGUUACAAAUGUGAAACUUUUUCAUGAGUGUUUGAAAACAAGUAGCAAUGACAACAGUUAAAAUACAGUCACAUGUAGGCCAAUGUUAUCACUCAUUUUAUCCUGAGUUAGUAUUGGAGGUCAGACAGUAGGGGGCAGUGUUUGACUGCUGCUGUUGAAGCUAUGACUCCUCCAGUGGGGAAAAAAACCUGACUCCUUCUAAAGGAUCUGUGGGCUCUGCCUGGGAUAUAUUUUGUGUGUGUAUCAGUCAAUUCAAUGUUGUCUGAAUUUAUGGGCAGUGAUGAAUACUGUGUAUGAUGCCUUCCAGUGGCCAUGAGUAAGCCAUAGUAAAACCAGGGAAACCAGUGACUGUGCAUCCCCCAAACCAGUCAUGAGGAGAUGGAUUUAUUACAUGCAUGUUAAGGUUCGGACAUGAUUUUAACAGCAUAUUCAUAAGAAAUGAAUAAAUGAAUACUGUUAUAAACCGAA